AUUCAUUUAAAACUGGCUGUUCUCUUUUCAACAUCAAUGGCGUCUCUGAAAACCAGAUUGCAACACUCCUACACUCCCGCAGCACUGAGAUCUUAUCUCGCAGAGUUCCUGUCCACCUUUUUCUUCGUCUUCGCCGCUGUUGGCUCCGCUAUGGCCUCAAGGAAGAUGGCGCCGGAAGCCGCAAUGAUUUGUCCUUCUAGUCUGAUAGCGUCAGCGAUUGCAACUGCCUUUUCACUGUCAGUCGCGACUUAUGUAGCCGUUAAUAUCUCCGGUGGCCACGUGAAUCCGGCGGUGACGUUUGGAAUGGCGGUGGGAGGACACAUCACUAUCCCGAUGGCAAUCUUCUACUGGAUUUCUCAAAUGCUUGGCUCUGUCAUAGCCUGUGCUCUCUUAAAAGUCUUUACCGUUUCACCGAAUGUUCCGGUUCACGGGUUUAUUCCAUCAGAAAUGACGGGAUUUGGGGCAUCGGUUCUGGAAGGUGUAAUGACAUUUGCGUUGGUGUACACCGUUUAUGCUGCCGGAGACCCAAGGCGAGGUGCAUUUGGGACGAUCGGACCAUUGGUAAUUGGUUUGAUAGCCGGAGCAAAUGUAUUGGCUUCCGGGCCAUUUACAGGCGGGUCAAUGAAUCCGGCGCACUCAUUCGGGGCUGCUUUUGUUGGUGGAACUUUCAAGAAUCAAGCAGCUUAUUGGAUCGGACCUUUGCUUGGAGCAGCCAUGGCGAGUGUUGUAUAUGACAAUCUGGUGUUCCCUUCUGAGUCACCGGAGGAUUCAGUCAGGGGAGUUACGGAUAGGAUUGUUGUUUAACUUGUUAAUUACCAUCUUAGCCCUCUUAAUUACUUCUUACAACCAAACUGUGUGUGUAUGUUAUCUUAAUGUUAAUUUGUGU